AUGGCUCCUGUAUCACCAAAUUCCUCUGCCUCUAUCAUCUCUCCACGACUCUCCCCCAAUCGGAAUCUCAACCCCUUCGCACCUCUAUCACCCGACCAAGGACAAGAUGCGAUAUCCACUUCAAACGAGGAUGAAGAUGAAGACGAAGGUAUAGUCGCAUUAGGAUUUCAGCGUCCCACACGGCCUUUGAUCCAUUACAAUCGUCCGACUCUACUGCGCAUCGCUCUCACUUGUCGGGCAAAGGGUUGGCAACGUCCCCUCACUCUCAAACCUCUGGAGAGCUGGUAUGGAACUGUACCUAACACUAACACCGGUCGCUCUUCAGCUUUAGAAGAUCCUGCUAUAGCAUCUGUGGGGUUCUCAGCAGGUCCCAGUCAUCGGAAACCCGCCGGAGGGUUUGGUGAGGGGUUCGGUUUCGGUGGUGGGAUAGGCGGUGCUCGACAAUUUGGACGGGGUGGGAGAAAUGUUGGACUUCGAAGAGAAGCAGGUCUUGAUACCAAUGGUCUUCCUCUGCCUCCCAAUAGGAAAGAAGGUUUUAGUAGUCAGACGAGUAGAAAUAUGUCACAACAACAUAAUGAAAGACUGACAAGAGGAGAUGAACACAAAAUCACCAAGAGAGAAGACAUUGAUUGGCGUAAAGGUAUAACUCGAUACGAACCUAUACAGAUACGUGAUGAAGAACGAGAACCCGCAUGGAUGGACGAUGGACCUUCUUCACCCAAUGACGACUUGACUUUUGGCGGUACGAAUUCAGACCAAUUCUUACAAUUCGUUCCUGGUGACGAUCCUAUCGCGGCGCAUAAAAGAGCAAUGAAAGCGAGAUUGGGUGGAAAUAUAGUAGAGCAACCUUCAUUCUUUAACGAUACGACCCAGAUCAAUGCCGCUCCUUCAAAACCCAAAUCAUUUGUCGCUUCGAAUUACCUUCGAGUGGAUAAAAAUACGGCAGAGGAUGAUGCUCAACCUUUGGAAGGUAACACUAGUCAUCAAAGUCGAUUUCAACGUCUUUUCGCAGCUGGUGGCAAUCCUUCAAAUACGGCAAAUAUUGUUCCUCAGAUGCCUCCAAGCAAUAUGAAUCAUCCGAAUUAUCCUAUCAUGAACUCUAUCAGUCCAGUCAAUCCGGUCAACCCGAACAUUCCUAAUCAUCCCAAUAUGAACUCCAUCAGUCCAGUCAACCCAAUCAACCCUCCUAACCAACCACCUCGUCAUAUCGAACCCCAUACUCAAACACAACGUCCAGACGAUCAUGUUUCUCGACUCAUGGGUCUUCUCAAACCCUCACAACCACCACCACCACCACCACCUCCUCCUCCUGGUCUUUCCGAAUCUCCUUAUCCACCCCCACAUCAACCAGAAUAUCCUACUUACCCACAACAUCAACAACAACAACAACCAAAUUAUCCAUCAAUGCCACGUCCAGAGAUAUCCGACCAUAUCCGAUCUCAAGCGUUAUUACAUCAAUUAUACUCUAAUCGACCUGAUAUACCUCCAACACCAGAUCAAUUACAUCUUUUAUCACGGUCAGGUGUUGGUCGUCCGAUGGGUAUGCACAUGUCUAUGCCUCCUAUGCCUCCUCCACAAAUGUAUAACGCUCAUGCUCUUAGAGAAGAGCAAUAUCCUCCUCACAUGUUCCCUCCUGGUUAUCCUCAAGUACCACAAGGACCACCACAACAACUUCCACCAAACAUGCCAGGUCCCAUGGGUCCGUUCGGUUAUCCUUCACCUUCGACAAUGGGACCACGUCCUCCACCUGGUUAUAACCCUAAUCAAUCACAAUUGGGAGCGGCGCAACAGGAAAUGUUAGCCACUUUAUUUUCAGGAUUACGACCUAAUUGA